UUGCUAUGCCGGGCGAAUGGGACGGAGACGCCAACUACCCGACCAGAUGGCACACAGCACGAGAUCGUUUCUAGCGCGGAGGUGUUCUGCGGAGAAGUCCAAGCUAUUAUCGACCAAACAGAGGAGCUGCACAAGCUCGUUUCCAGCGUCGCCGCCUCGGAUGACCCGAUCAACGCCUACAGCUGCAGGCCUCAUCUACCGAGCAGCCUGGUCAACGCGUUUGAGGGGAUACUCGGCCUGUUUGUUCUCAAGGCCAAAGAGCUUUCGUGGAUGAACAGGUUUGCGGCCAAGCGCGGCUCCUCGUACAGCCGCAACGCCGAGCGCAGGUUGAACCGUCUAAAAGACGCUUGUGAGUCGACGUCGAGACACGUUCGCGAGCAUCUCGUCCGGGCCAGGGAAGACAUAAUCAUGCUGGGCACCACGAAAAGAGACUCUGAAAGAAUUAUCAUCGCUCCCAUCGGGCCCGAGUUCUUGGCAGCAUGCCUGAUAAGCAGCCUACAGAACAACGUCCCCGUGCCGGGUACCGAGAGAAAAUUGGACCUGGUCGCCCACUAUCGCAACCACACUUCCCGGCUAUGGUUCGAAACAAACAGGAAACCCAAACGGGGGGCCUUUGUUGCGAUCCAUGCGCUGGAAGAGGAGCUGGAGGCCCUGCGGGUUGUCGUCGCUUCCCAGCAGCACUUGCUGAAGUCGUACCAGAGACUCCUCUCGCCCCUUUCGUUCAGGUCGCGGACGACAGACCGGCUGUACUACAAAGAUCGCAAAGCGUCGUUUGACCUCGAAAACAAGUGCAUACGUAGACAACAACGGAGGCUCGCCGAGCGGGACAAAGCACUGGCGAUCUUGCAACGGAAGGCGAGGACGCUGCGGGAUGAGACGAAACAAAGGAUCGAAAUACUCGACGAAGGGCACGGCAAGGCGAUUCGCGUCUUCACCAUUGUGACCCUUUUCUUUCUGCCGCUGUAA